AAAGUAACAUAUGCUGGUGUAUCUGCUAGAGACUGGAGCACUAACCAUACAGACACUGUACGCCGGGGCAGCUGCUUUCGAAAGUUACGGCUUUAGACAGAUUGUAUCUAAGCUCAUCUAGAUAACUUAAAUUUACGUGUUUUGAAUCUACUUUAUUUACUGAAAUCACCAUGGCAGAAAAAAUAGCUAUUGAGGACGAAUUGAAGGCUUCCAACGGCGCCGCGCAUCUUGACGAACAAAAUUCGGCAAUGGCAAACGGGCUCACCGACCAUAAAAAGAACAGUGCCCCGGAGCCACUCUCUCAAAAAUUGAAAAGAAUCGCAAUGGCCAAUUUACUGGUAAUUUUGACUGUGGCCGGAGUAAUAAUUGGCGUAUUUAUCGGACUUGGGGUGCGUAACGCAGAACUUAGUAAGGUACAGAUUAUAUAUUUCGGCUUCCCCGGCGAGCUGCUUAUACGCCUGCUUAAAAUGAUCAUCAUUCCUUUGGUUGUAUGCAGUCUUGUUUCCGGAGCGGCCAGCAUUGAUCCAAAAGCCCUGGGAAAGUUGGGCGGUUGGGCGAUGCUCUUCUUUUUAGUGACAACUUUAAUCGCAUCAGCCAUCGGGGUGAUAAUGGCGUUCAUCAUUAAACCAGGUGUCCUGUCCACUUCAAAGCCCUUUGUCGCGGGAGCCAGCGAUGGGGUCCCACAGGCCAAAGAAGUGAUUGACUCCUUUUUGGACUUAGUAAGGAACAUUUUCCCCUCCAACUUGGUGGCCUCUGCAUUCCAGUCGUACUCCACCAGCUAUGAAUUUGUGAAGGUGGAGAAGAAUGUGACAGGCGAGGCGGGCAAUGAGACGAUAUCCUCUGUGAUGAAGGUUCCUUUCGGAAAGGACGUGGACGGGAUGAACAUCCUGGGCCUGGUGGUGUUCGCCAUCGUGUUCGGCGUGGCCUUGAGGAAGCUGGGCGAGGAGGGCGAGAUUCUCAUCAAGUUCUUCAACUCCUUCAACGAGGCCACCAUGGUGCUGGUCUCCUGGAUCAUGUGGUACGCCCCUCUGGGUAUCAUGUUCCUGGUGGCGGCUAAGAUCGUGGAGAUGGAGAACGUGGCCACGCUGUUCGCCGGCCUGGGGAAGUACAUCGCCUGCUGCGUGAUCGGCCACUUGGUGCACGGCCUGCUGGUCCUGCCCUUCAUCUACUUCAUCAUCACACGCAAGAACCCCUACACCUUCCUCCUGGGCCUGGUCACUGCCCUGGCCACCGCCUUCGGGACUUCCUCCAGCUCGGCCACGCUGCCCCUGAUGAUGAAGUGCGUGGAGGAGAAGAACGGCGUGUCCAAGCACAUCAGCCGCUUCAUCCUGCCCAUCGGCGCCACCGUCAACAUGGACGGCGCCGCGCUCUUCCAGUGUGUGGCCGCCGUCUUCAUCGCCCAGCUCAACAGCUAUUCGCUCAACUUCAUCCAGGUCAUCACCAUCCUAGUGACAGCUACAGCGUCCAGUGUGGGAGCGGCAGGGAUCCCUGCAGGGGGCGUGCUCACUCUGGCCAUCAUCCUGGAGGCGGUGGGUCUGCCCACCAACGACAUCUCCCUCAUCCUUGCUGUGGAUUGGCUCGUCGAUCGCACCUGCACAGUCAUCAACGUGGAGGGCGACGCCUUCGGGGCGGGGCUGCUGCAGUACUUUGUUGACCGCACCGCCAAGAGCGAGGAGGGGGCGGAGCUGAGCGAGGUCAGGCUGGAGGAGCCCCCCCAGGAGGGCUCGCCUCUCAUGGCCAAGAGCAGGGAAGAUCUGGAGGACGGGGCUCCGCUGGCUGCGGCUCGGCCCAGCGAGAAGGAGUCAGUCAUGUAGGAGGAAAGGCGCUAUAUAAUCACUGCCCCCCCCCCCCCCCCCCCCCCCCCCGCCACUUCGUCUCUUCUCUGUUUGUAAGGACAUACUGAUAUUGGGGAGAGGGACUCCCCCUCUCCUGACUUUUUCCAACCAAAAUCGCAAUGGAGCCUGAGAUGGGGGGGCAAGAGAGGG